AUGGAGUUCGCCAUGGUUCAUCGACACCCGGUCAGCAUCUUGGUGGUGGCCACAACCUUCUUGGUCUUCCAACGGACGUCCUCCGCAGGACUGGAUCUGGGCCUGGAAGCAGCGUGGAAAGACUGGAAGGCCACCCAUGGCAAAGAAUACCUGGAGAGCGAAGAGAGCUUCCGUAGGACCAUCUGGGAGAAGAAUCUACAGAUGAUUCAACAGCACAACUUGGAGGCAUCUUUGGGGAACCACACCUAUCGGCUGGGGAUGAACCACUUUGGCGAUCUGACAAACGAAGAGUAUAACCAGAGGACAAACUGCCUCAGUCCAGGCCCCGCUGAACCACUUGGUGGGAAUGUGACCUUGUUUCGAACAUCAGCCGCUCUGGUAACUCCCAAGGAAGUGGACUGGCGGAAAAAGGGUUAUGUAACCCAAGUCAAAGACCAGGGCAACUGUGGCUCCUGUUGGGCGUUCAGUGCCACCGGAGCCCUGGAAGGCUUACAUUUCAAGGUGACCAAACAUCUGGUCUCACUAAGUGAACAAAACCUCAUUGACUGCUCUGGAAAGUUCCGCAACCGCGGAUGUGGUGGUGGAAACGCCUCGUGGGCCUUCUUGUAUGUCCAGCAUAACAAGGGCAUCAAUUCCGAGAAAACGUACCCGUAUUUGUCAAAGAACAGCGCCCCCUGUCGUUACGACCCCCAGAAACCAGUGGCCAAGUGUACUUCUGUUGUAGAGAUCCCGAAGGGAGAUGAGAGAGCCCUGGAGCAAGCUGUGUACGGAGCUGGCCCGGUUUCCAUUGCCUUGGAUUCCAGGAGCAAAGAGUUCCAGUUCUACAAGUCAGGGAUCUUCUUCAGCCCUUGGAGUGACAAAGUGUUGACCCACGCUAUGCUGGCAGUGGGCUAUGUUAAUUCCCAGGAAAGCGGGAAAGGGAGAGGCUACUGGAUCCUGAAGAACAGUUGUGUCUAA